CCGGGCAUCAGUACGCGCCCAGUGCUCAGCCGCAGCGGAUCGUGAAUGUGAACGGAUGUGUAUAUAUCUAUCCACAUAUAUUUGAAGAUAGUGUGCAUCCCGAGUUCUGGGAGAUAGGGCAGAAAAGCACACAAAUAUUUGCACAUCCCAAGAGGGGGGCGGAAAGGACUUCCUGGACUUCGCAUACACGUGCUGCAUCGUCUGCGGCCGGGAUCUGAAAAGCAAAAACCCCGACUCCGUCUCCGUCUCCGUUUUUUACUCGAACUCCAAUCAGGAGCCGUUCCGUCUAGUUUUCGUAGUGUUUUUUGCCCGGGUUCGAACAGCAUCCCUCCUGCACCACCAUGCACUCGCCGGCUGCCAAAGUGUCGGGCUACGUCGUCCUGAUGAUUGUGCAAAUAAUCUUCCUGGUUCUAUUCUGGCUGUUCGUGCGUUACGAAAAGACGGCGCUGCCCCGGGCAAUCGCUGCCGAAGACGCUGGAUCAGCAAACGAACACGUUUCCAAAUAUCCGCAGUUCCAGGACAUCCAGGUGAUGAUCUUCAUUGGCUUUGGCUUCCUGAUGACCUUCCUGCGCAAAUACGGCUACAGUGCCACUGGAUUCACCCUGUUCAUGGCCGCCUUGGUGGUCCAAUGGGCCGUCCUGAUGAAGGGAUUCCUCCACAUGGAGGACGGCAAGAUCAGCCUCUCCCUGGAGAACAUCAUUGAUGCGGACAUUGCCGCCGCCGUGCCCCUGAUUAGCAUGGGCGCCCUCCUGGGCAGGACCACGCCCAUCCAGCUCCUGUGCAUGUCCAUCUUCGAGGUGGCCCUCUUCGCGGCCAACGAGUACCUGGCCCUGCAUGUUUUCAGUAUCUGCGACUGUGGAGGUUCCAUCACCGUCCAUGCCUUUGGUGCCUACUUUGGACUGGCGGUGGCUUUAAUGUUGAGGCCCGCCAGCGACCAAAAUGAGGCGGGAAAGCUGGAGGGCGCCAGCUACACCUCGGACAUCUUCGCCAUGAUCGGCACCACCUUCCUGUGGGUGUACUGGCCCAGCUUUAACUCCGUUCUGGCCGAGGGAGCCGGCGGCGAGCGGGCCAUUUUGAACACGUUCCUGUCAUUAGCCGCGGCAACAGUGACCACCUUCGUCGUAUCCGCGCUUGUCAGCCACGAGAAUAAAUUGGACAUGGUGCACGUGCAGAACUCGACCCUCGCCGGCGGAGUGGCCGUGGGCACGGUGUGCAACCUGCUGCUCGGCGCCCACGGAGCCGUCUUAAUUGGCAUUAUCGCCGGCACGGUCUCGGUGCUCGGCUAUCGCUAUUUAACCCCCUGGAUGACCGCCAAUCUGAGGCUGCACGACACCUGUGGCGUGCACAACCUGCACGGCAUGCCGGCCCUGAUUUCGGCCAUUGCCUCGGCCAUUUACGCCUCGAUGGCCUCCGUGGGCGAGUACCAGUCCGAGCUGCAGGACAUUUUCCCAGCCAUGGUGGGCACCAACGGAACCGAGACCAAAAUCAUGGGCGGUCUUGGCCGGAAUGCAACUUCACAGGCGGGCUACCAACUGUUCGGCAUUGCUGUCACACUGCUUAUUGCCAUUGGCGGUGGUAUUUUGACAGGGGCCGUGCUGAAGUACACCAACUUCCGGAACCUGAAGAAGGACGAGCAGCACCAGGACGAGCACUACUGGGAGGUGCCCGCUGGCGAGAACAAGGAGGAAUAUUUAAAUAUGCUAGCCAAACUUUUGGAUGACGACGCCGCCGCCGCCGCCAACUCGAAUUCCCAGUCUGCCGCCAACUUUAAUUGGCGCCCAUUUCUGUUGCGCAACUGGAAUGCAAUUGUCCCCGCCAACAAUUUGUAUGUGCGCGGAGCUCUGCACUAGGACCCGGCUAAUUAAGUGGCCCAGGACAAAGUGCCAGCUAAUUAGGCGACUUUUGGCCAGGACACCAAGAAGCCAAGUCUUCGAGCCACCUUCGCGAUCAGCUUUCUUGGCUUUUCCGGCUUUCCACGGACAGCUCAGCCGGCGAUUAGCCCACCUGGCGCCGAAGGCCAGUAAUCGCUGGACAAAGGCGAACCUGGAAUAAUGUCUUUCAAACGACUCCCGGUCUACGGAGAGCCACCAAGGGGACCACUGGGCGAUAAGCUGGCGGCCAACUACUUAAGUUGGCUUUGUCACCAGCCACAGACGCAUAAACAAAGCCCAAAAGGCAAACAAUUACCGGCAAAGAGUUCAAAAAGUUCCAAUAAAAAUUGUCAGCCAA